ACACCCAUUAGCCCACCAACACUGCACUUCCCGGCCCAAAACAACACCCGCUCGGCCGCAGCAGCGGCAGGCACAGAUCAAACGCCCCAACUGCUCCUCCUCCCUUCCCCGAGAAGCUCUUCUUGCUUGCUAGCAGUAGGGUUUUGCGAUUCGCGCGGCGGCGAGCGGCGACCCCAGCAAAAGCCAUGGCGCAGCCACCCCGCUCGUCCCCGAGGCCGAAGACGAGGUUCACAGUCGUGAGGAGGCGCGAGGCCGCGGCGGCUCCGGAGGAGGCAGCGGAGAGGCGUUCGGCGGCGAGGAGGGAGUGGGCCGCGUGGGCGAUGAAGGCGGCCAAGGUGUCGGCGCACUACGGCUUCAUCCCGCUCGUCAUCUUCGUCGGCGUCCGGAGCUCCAACCCCAGGCCCUCCCUCGCGCAGCUCCUCACCCCCUUCUGAUCCUAUCGCCUCCCGUUCCCCGUAGCGUCUGCUUUGUGGAGUAGCUUUCAGGAGUCUAGCGGCCAGACUUUGUGGAUUUUGGGCUGCAUCAUCGGCGCACUUCGAUCACUUGAAGGUUAUCGCUCGCACGCACUUGGUGGUUUGGUUGCUGCUGCUAGCUCCUGUGGUAAUUUCUGCGCUGUUCUGUUUUUGCUGGGGAUCGAUAUACCUACCUACCUACCUGGACCGUCGUAUGAUUGAUUCUCUGUUCAUGAUGAACGUGUGAUGUCUGUGUUGUUAGAUUUGUGGAUUUUGUCACCGGCAUGCCAAAAUGUGAAAUGUGUGAUCUUUGCAACUCCGUGUUGAUGAUGUGAUGCCGUUGUGGAUCUUGAGCAGGACAGCGUAUGUUCCGUGUCAAUUUUUACUGAGCGACCGAUCGAUA